CCCGGGCACAGCGCCGCCGCCCGCUUGCAGCCAGUCCGCGGGCCGCGGCCGCAGAGCCGGGGAGCGCCCAGCCAGGCCGAAGCCGCACAACCCGCACAGUCGCGCCUCUCCCUGCCGCCAUGGGGGCGUCCUCGCGGCUACUGCGCGCGGUGAUCAUGGGGGCGCCGGGCUCCGGCAAGGGCACCGUGUCGUCGCGCAUCACUAAACACUUUGAGCUGAAGCACCUCUCCAGCGGGGAUCUGCUCCGAGACAACAUGCUUCGGGGCACAGAGAUUGGUGUGUUAGCCAAGACUUUCAUUGAACAAGGGAAGCUCAUUCCAGAUGAUGUCAUGACUCGACUGGCCUUUCAUGAGCUGAAAAACCUCACCCAAUAUAACUGGCUAUUGGAUGGUUUUCCAAGGACUCUUCCUCAGGCAGAAGCCUUGGAUAGAGCUUAUCCGAUAGAUCUAGUGAUUAAUCUGAACGUGCCCUUUGAAGUCAUUAAGCAACGCCUCACUGCUCGCUGGAUUCAUCCCGCCAGUGGCCGAGUCUACAACAUCGAAUUCAACCCUCCCAAAAAUGUGGGCAUUGAUGAUCUGACCGGAGAGCCUCUCACUCAGCGUGAGGACGACAGACCAGAGACAGUUGUCAAGAGGCUGAAGGCUUACGAAGCUCAAACACAGCCCGUCUUGGAAUACUACCAGAAAAAAGGAGUAUUGGAAACAUUCUCUGGAACCGAAACCAACAAGAUCUGGCCCCAUGUAUAUGCCUUCCUACAAACAAAAGUUCCACAAAUUAACCAGAAAGCACCAGUUACUCCAUGAGGAAAGCAUGUGUAACUAGUAAGAUGAGCAGAAGCUCCUCAUUUGUGUAGUUAGAGGCUCCUUGUCCUGAGACUCUAAUGUAUGAAUUCUUUGAAAAUUGUUUAAUUUCUACUGAUUUUAUUCUGGAAAUUAAGGAUGUGCCAAAUGCAUCAGAUACUCAUUUUUUGAAAUCUAGUAUAUUUUAUCCAGUUAUCUUCUAUGGGUGCACAAUUCAAAAACAUCAGAGAUCUCUAACGAAACUUGUAAAAAAUCAUUUAGAGCAAUUGGUAGUAAUCUAACUUCUGUUCAGAAGAGUAAGUGGUUGAUCAAGUUCCCUUAUUUUUCUGGAAAAGUAAAAGAAAAAAAGUCCUCUGUCAUUUGGGAAAAGUAUCUCAUCAGAGGGUUUUAAUUAGAUAUGCCAAAAAGCCAUAUUUAGCACUGUGGUACAUGGUCUUGUGGUACUGUAUGUCUGUAAAAUUCCAGAAGAAAAGCAACUGGAUUUACGUAUUAAUUGAAUGAUGCAAAUUCACUGCUGCUUCUACACUAAAGAAAUUUGUAAGCUAGCCAUGUAUGUUGUAUUUAUUUUGUUGUUAAAUGUACCUUCAGGUUACUCAGAAUUUUCAGUUUAUCAAUUAGCAUAGAAAGUACUUUCCUAUAGGAUUUAAUUAGAAAUUGACAUUAAGUCUUGUGAAGGACUGGAGUUGUAUUUUCAAAGGAAAAUGUAAAGGCCUAUGUUUUCAGGUGAUACUUGGGUUAAGAUAUGUGCUUUUGGACCUACUUGCUGGUUUCUCUUUUUGAUCAGAAUGUAUGAUCUGCCUUGAUGAGUAACACUAAAGAAGAAAAAAACCCCUCAUGGCAUUAGAUAAAGCAAGCAUGCUUUUUCAUUAAGAAAUAGAUCAGGUCUGCCUGGGGAAAACUGUCUGGACAAAAAUAGCAAUCAUAAUUAGUAAACAGGUGUGGCGAUGAAAAGGACUUACAUCCCAGGUUAAAAAGGGCCUAGAUGCUACGUUUCUGGAAGGGGUUCAGUCCUAAUCAAAGAAGUUGACACCUGCUGGCAUUCACUGCUGCCCUGUCCUAAGGGUAAAGGACUCUGCUGGUGGGUGAAACCUGAGCAGCCAUUUCAAAAUCAAAGCGACUUGAUUCCUUAGUGGAGCAGCAAGGAUGCUUCUGUGCACACUACGGCCUGGCAGAACGAGGGGAGCAAUAGGAGAGUGGAGAAGCCUGACUGUGUGUCUUCAGUGGCAGGCUUACUCUUGGCUUUACUUGGUGCCAAAUCAAAUGAAACGAGUCCUCCUACAGCUGUUAAAAACUGCCUUUGAAAAUGUGGCCUGUUUUAUUCUAGGCACCUAAAAUGCAAUUGCCUAUAAGUGGUUCUUAUGUAUUUUGUGGGGGGGAAAAACUUAUUUUUCUUUCGAUUUUUUAAAAAUUCAAUUUGAUCUUUCAAAAUGGACCAAAGCUUUUAAAAAGGAUUACUGUAAACAUUCCUUUCUUUAUAAAACUUUCUAUAAUGCCUUAUUUGAAUGUUAAUACUAACAUGCUUUCUAAAAAUGUGAACUACUGAACUUACGAAUUAUCACUAGGUUAUCAGACAUACAUUAGUAUUAAGGUAUUAAAGAAUACAAUCCAAUUUGACAACUGUAAUGAUCGCUUUGUCUUUGGUAGGUAGGUCACAGAGCCCGCUCCAUUCCACCUUCCAUUCUGCUGCCCUGAUGACUCACUGCCUCUGAAUUGGUGACUCGUUUCUAAUAAUUCUCUUAAAACAGUACAGAAACUGGUUUCCUUUCAUGUUACACUUCAUCUCCUGCUAUAGUAUGGCAGCCAUAUUGGCCUUCUUGACACCCUUGAGAUUUGGAAUCAGAAACAGGGGAGAACAUGGCUAUGAAAUUUAAAAUUCUUCUUCCCUGUGACCAUUCCCUCCUCACCCCCAAAACAACCCAAAGUUUUGCACAUGCAUCCAUUAGUUUGGGAAACACCUGCACUAUUGCUUUUUUCUUUAUUAAAGCAAACAGUACUUGUUUUAUGUUGAGUUAAUGUCAGACAGUUCUGAUGACUAGCGUUGCUGAGGAGCACAUCUGCUAC